AUGGCGCGUCGUCUCUUCCUGAUUCUCCAUUAUUUACUCUUCUGUUCUUUGGCGGCCUCUGCCUUCGACGUCACUAGCAUCCUCUCGCAGUUCUCUGACUUCUCCACCUUCACUUAUCUCCUCGCCCGCACUCGCCUCGCCGACGAGAUCAACACCCAGAAGGGCGGCGUCACCGUCCUCACCGUCCAGAACGGCGGAUUGCCCAUCGCUGCCAUGUCCGACCAACCCGACGACGUACUGAAGAAGAUCCUCUCCCUCCACGUCAUCCUCGACUACUUGGACGCCACCAGGCUCCGCAGGAUGUCGACCCACACCGCCAUCCUCACCACGCUCUUCCAAGCCUCCGGCCGGGCCUCCGGCUUCGACGGCUUCCUCAACGUUACUGACGUCGACAGAGGCGUCGCGAUCAGCUCCGCGGCGCCGGGCUCCCCGCCGGGAUCCUACUUCGUCAAGGUCUUGGCGACGCUACCUCAAUCCAUCUCCGUGCUACAGAUCAGUAACGUCAUUUUCCCUCCGGAGACGGGCGGCGCUUGGUCCGACGGCGGCAGAGCAGUAAGUCGCCGGUCCCCAGCUCCGGCACCGAAUUGGGGACCUACUGCACCGGUGAUGGACCCACCGGGCAUGGGCGGCGUACCGCCAACGGCCACUUGGUGGUCAAAUAUCGUGAUUCCACCUAGCGGGGAACUUUCGGAGCCACCGAGCACUGAACCAGCGAUAAUACCGGCAUUCUCGCCUGAGAAAACACCUUCCGAGACGCCGUUUUCUCCGAGUACGGCACCUUCUCCGCCGACGCCGGCGUCAAUGAUCGGAUUUCCACCGGGCGAGUCGCCAAUCGUGGCGCCUGAACAACCAGAUAUGCCUACGUGGCCUCAUAUAACGUCGCCCCCUGACGCUUCCACGCCGACACCGAGCACGGUUGCCGAAGAAGCGCCGCCUGCUGUGUCACCCGACAUCGCGCCUAGGCAACCGACGCGGCCCCCCAUCGGGUUGCCACCUCGGACAUCGCGGCGAACGCCACUGGCACCCGGAAUGGCACCGGCUCUGCCGACGCGGCCACCGGGUGGGUCCAUCGUCAUGGGACCCACUCGACCGCCAUCUCAGCAUACGCCUGAUAUUCCACCGCGCAGGGAGCCGAGCAUGGGGCCCACGUCACCGCAGCACGUUCAACCGCUGUGGCCGCCCAACAUGGCGCCCACCCCAUUCGGGUGGCCCAUUCCGCGGUCGCCACCUGGCGAAGCGCCUGCCAGAUCACAGAGAACGGAGCCCACGGAGUCACCAUCUUCCUCCAGUAGAUUGCCACCAGGUGCGGCGCCGCCACGGAAGCCACCUCGGAUGGGCCCUGCUUCGACGCCAGUUGCCUCGCGAGUGCCGGAAAUGGAACCGGUUUCACCGGAGUUUCCCGGCGGGAUCGUUAGAUUGCCACCUAGCUUAACCCCGUCGGCUAGUCGGCGGCGGCUGAUCACGAAACAACCCUCUGAGGGGAUGUUGAUUGAAACCAACCCGACUUCGACGACGAUUGAUCCCACAUCGCCUCCAAGAACCUCGGAGACACAGGAGGAGCCUCAGGGCGUGGCAAGAGUAAGUGUGGCUUUGGCCAUUCUCGCCGUGCUUUUGGGCGCUUUUUGUCUAUGA